UGAGAAGGAGGGUUUGGGGGCGGGGUGGGCAAGGAGGCGGGGGCAGUCCCUGGCGCCAGCCUGUUUCCUGGAAGGGCAGGAGGGGUGGUCAGCGGGUCCGCCCCUGGCCCGCCCCGCUGAAGGGCUGGUGGGUGGGCCAUGUGAGCCCUCCCCUCAGGGCCCCCCGGCAAGGCUCAUUUGGCAGCGCACGCCUAUGCGAGGGCUCUGCAAGGAAAGCCUGGGACAGGAGUGAGUCGUCGCACUGCCGUCGCCCCGCAGAGCAGACAUGCACCGGCGGCGGCCGGGCGCGCCCCUGGGCCUUGCGCCCGCGCAGGGGCUCUGAGGCCGCCGCCCCCACGAGAGCGCCCCGGUGCUGAGUCGCGCGAGCCAUGCAGUGCUGGGCCGCAGCCGUGGCCGUGGCCCUGCUCUGGCCACAGCUCAUGCUGCUUAGUGGUGUCAGCGCGCGGCGGGAGCCCAAGAGGCCGCGCCUGCCGGGCCAGCGUACAGAGUCUCCCAACACCACUGCAUCCGACAGUGAGGGGCUACCAGGCUCCGCCAAGCCACCGGAGGCCUCAGGGCCUGAGUUCACCGAUGCCCACAUGACAUGGCUGAACUUUGUCCGUCGGCCAGAUGAUGGGACUUCCAAGCGACGGUGCCGGUGCAGGGACAAGAACUUGCGAGGCCUCUUGGGUCCCCCAGGCCCCCCUGGGCCCCCUGGACCCCCAGGGUCCCCCGGUGCCCAAGUCACCCCAGAGGCCCUGCUGCAGGAGUUUCAGGAGAUGCUGAGAGAGGCCACAGAACGACGGUUCUCAGUACUGCUGGACACAUGGCUGCCUCAGGUGGGUGGCCAGCAAGUAGUGGUUGAGGCCUUUCACUGCCGGCUGAAGGGCCCCAUGCUGGUGGACCAGAGGACCCUGAUGGAGCUACGGGGCUUCCAGGCUCCCACAGCCCAGGGUGCCUUCCUGAGGGGGUCCGGACUGAGCCUGGCCUCCGGCCGAUUCACGGCCCCCAUCUCUGCCAUCUUCCAGUUCUCUGCCAGCCUGCACGUGGACCACAGUGUACUACAGGGCAGGGCCCGGCUGCGAGCCCGGGACACUGUGCGUGUCCUCAUCUGCAUAGAAUCUUUAUGCCAUCGCCACAUGUCCCUGGAGGCCAUCUCAGGCCUGGAGAGCAACAGCAGGGUCUUCACAGCACAGGUGCAAGGGCUGCUGCAGCUGCAGGCUGGACAGUACGCCUCUGUGUUUGUGGACAACGGCUCUGGGGCGGCCCUCACCAUUCAGGGCGGCUCCACCUUCUCUGGUCUGCUCCUGGGCACAUGAGGGCGCUGGGAAGGAACUGCCAGCCACCUUGGGGAGAAGGUGAAGAGGAUCCCCAUGUUGACCCCUGUGGUCACAACAAUAAAGAGCCCCAGCCCUCCC